UCAAACUGCCAAAUAAACACUUAUUCGGCGAGUUUCGCUAAAAAAAAAAAAAUUAUGAAAAUGAUAAGAAAUCCGAAUGUCUAAAUUGACCCAAUACGUUUAAAUGGUUUUUCCAAUUACGUUUUCAUUUUAAGUAUGCGUAUUAUAUCAGACAAUUUACAAACUUUGGGGGGAAAAAAAUAAAAUGUAUUCUGAAGUUUUGCUUAUUUUUUUCACAAAGUUGGCAUUUUCACACGUUCUAAACUAUGACUCUGUUACUGUUUGCGAUGGUAUGGCUAAACAAAUACAAUGUCCAGGAAAAGAAAAUAUACACGUAUUACAAGGUUUUUAUGGAAAAUGGAGGAACCGUAACUGUAAAGGAGACGCUCCAGAUCCACUAAACUACCCCACAUGUCGCAUACCAAGAGGUCGUGCAACGGCAAUAGUAAAACAACUAUGUCAAGGACAAAAUACCUGUAAAUUGAUUUCUGAUAAGUCAAUUUACGGAAACCCAUGUCCAAGAACAAUACCAUAUUUGUAUGUAACAUUUUUUUGCAUGGCGCCGGGACAAAAAUUGUUUCAUCAAAAAACAUUGUUUAAUGAAGAAGUAGUUACAGUACCUAGUCACGGGUUUGUAGUAUCUGAAACAAGACAUCACUUAGACGAAGAUAUAGCAGCCGAAGAGCAACGUAGUCAGGGAACUUUUCGUGAAUCAAUUCCUGCGGAAAAUUCUUUUGAAAAAUUGAUGCCAAAGGUGGAGCCUCAAAAAUUUGCUUCGAUUGCUCGAAAAAUAAUGCAAAAACCAGAGCCAUCAAUAAAUCGUGAAAGCAUGCAAAAACCAGAAAUCAUUUCUGAUACUGAUGCCUGGGAUAGAUCAAAAAUAACCGUAUCAGAAAACAAUGAAAAUCUAUUACCUAACGAAGUGGGAGAAGUUCAUAGUGUUUUUCAUGUGGCUCCCAACAGUAUCAAAAACAAUCAAGAAUCGGAUGAAGAAAAAGAUAAUCAAAACUUUCUAACAAAGUCGCAAAUUAAAAAUGUUGAAAUAAACAACAAAAAACAAGAACCUUUAAUAAAUGAGGCAGCACCUCAUUAUCAUAGUGAAAAAAGCUCCACAGAUGUAACAAUAGAAUCUCAUCAUCAAAGUGAGAACGCAUUAGAUGAUGUUGCUCAUUUUCAACGCUCUGUAUUUUCAUUACCAAAGUUAAGAAAUUUAGAAAGUAAUAAACAAAAAAGUUUUAUUUCACAAAAUGACCCAAGUUUGCUUAAAAACCAUAGCAAUUUUAAAACAGACUCAGUUAAAAGCUUUCGUGACGCAAUGAUAUGUAAUGGACAGUCAAAGUUGAUUGCGUGUCUUCCUGAAGAAGUCAUCAAAGUGCACCAUGCUUUUUAUGGUAAACGUAGUGGUGAAAGCUGUUUAGGACCUUUAGAAUAUAAGGACGAAGCCCCAACAUGUUCAGCAUUAGACGCAAGAACAAACGUUCAAUCGUCGUGUGAUGGAAAACAAACAUGUUUACUGUUUGCUGACGAUAAUAUUUAUGGAAAAUCACUGUGCCCUAAUGUAAACAAAUACUUGCAUUUGCGUUAUACUUGCAAUGAAGGUGCAAAAGGUUUCUUAUCCAAAAGUUUAAAAUUAGUUCCACAAGUUGAAACAGAAGAAAACGCUGUUGUCAGGUCAAUAAAAUCUUAUGAUAAUCACAACCAGACGAUGAGUCUUUGCAAUGGAGAGCGACGAGCUAUAAAAUGUGAAACAAAUGACGGAAUCAAAAUUAAUAGUGUUUUUUAUGGCAAGAAAGUAGGUAAAGACUGUAAAGGGGAUUUGAAUUAUAGAGAUGAUAUUCCAGAAUGCUCUAGUACACGUGCAUUAGAUAUUAUAAAGUUAACGUGCGAAAAGAAAAAAAAGUGCGAAGUAGAGAGCAAUAGUGCAAUGUUUGAAGAUGACUUGUGUCCGGGCGUAAACAAAUAUUUAGAAGUUAAAUACAGAUGCUAAAAAAAUCUCAAAGCUACGACAAUUGGUUCUACGAAUUCAAGCUAAAACUAUGACAAUAGACAACAAAGAUAUACACUACAAGUUUUUUUUUUAUCUAGCACGAUAACUACAAAACAAAAUAAAGAUAAUUUAAGAUUACUGUUUCAAGAACACGCAUUUACUUUUUAUACAAAUUGUUUCCGUUUACUCGAUUGUACAGAUUUUAUAGGAAGAAAAAUUAGUUUUAUUAACUAUAAGGAGACAGCAUACAAGCAAAUAUACAUUUAUUGCACUUUCAACACAAAUCAUUUUUGUUUGCUCGAUUAAGAAAAAUAUUAGAAAUUCACACGAAAAAGUUUUAAUGACUUUGACUUCGAUCAAGGAUUCAUGUCUAUUGCUAAAAGACGCACACUAGUUAAUUGCCCCAAUUUAAUAUUAUUUAAAGUUUAUACAAUGCUUCCAUACAAUUUAACAGUUUUAUAGCUUAUGCAAUAUUUUUUUAUUAUGCUGUAUAAUAUGGUCUCUUGUUAAACGGUUUGUUGCCACAAUUCUAAAUGUACUUCAUAAAUAUUUCAAUCAUAAGUGCAUUAUAUGUACGUAUUUUAAAUAAAAAAAUAACCUUUUUUAUUACUUUG